AUGAUCUGUGCACCAAUCAGUCGAGUUCAAGCAGUGACAACGACAAUACCCAUUCGCCACCGGACAAGCCAAAGUCAAACGAACAUCCCAACCAGAAGUCUUGCCAUGGACAAAGUCAACCCUCAAGUUCAAAACAUCGUCACAGUCAAAUACCAGACGCUCCAGAAGUCAGUUUACGACGCAGUGCAAGAGUUCGGAAACCCAUCGUACGAUUUGAUCCCAGUCCACAAUGAAGACCCAACUUAUAUCAGUCAGCAGCCAUAG